GCCAGCGAGGGGCUCCGGGGUGCCCGGAUGGCGGGGGCGGCGGCGGGGGCGGCGAGCGGGUCCGGGCCGAGGAAGCCGGGCUCCCCGCGGGACUCGGAGUCCGAGGUGUGGUCCCGCCGGGUGCGGGAGCUGGUCAGCGCGGAGCCGGCCAGCCGCCUGUGCUUCGAGUGCGGCCAGCGCGGCGUCACCUACGUGGACAUCACCAUCGGCAGCUUCGUCUGCACCACCUGCUCGGGCGCGCUCCGUGGCCUGAACCCCCCCCACCGGGUGAAGUCCAUCUCCAUGACAACCUUCACGGAGGGCGAGGUGCAGUUUCUCCAGUCCCGUGGGAACGAGGCCUGUCGGAAGAUCUGGUUGGGUUCUUUUGACUCACGGUCAUCCCUGCUGCCGGAUUCUCAGGACCCUCAGAGAGUGAAGGAGUUUCUGCAGGAGAAAUAUGAGAAGAAAAGAUGGUAUGUGUCACCGGACCAAGCCAAAAGCUUAGCCUCCUCAAGUGUCCAGAGCUCCCCUGCGGAGGCCAAGACAUUGCUGGGGGAGUCAGCAGCCAAGGCCCCCCAGGCCUUGGAGAAAGCCCCACCACAGGCCGCUCAGCCAGCCAAAAAGUCCAGCACAGACCUCCUAGCGGACAUUGGGGGCGACCCCUUUGCGGCACCCCCGCCUGGGCCUGCCUUCCCUGCCUUCGGAGGCCAGGUGCCGGCCCGCACAGCCUUUCCUAGCUUCGAUGCCUUCGGAGGGAGCCCCACAGCAUCAGCUUUCGGGGACCCGUUAGCCCCCAGCCAGAGCCCUUUCCAGAGUCCGCCGGUCACUGCAGGUGGUGCCCAUGUGGGAGCCUUCCCCACCUCCCCUGCCAGCCAGCCCGGCGUGGGCAUUCCGAGCCUGGGCGGAGCCUUCCGCGUGGGAGGGAUCCCAAGCAGCAUCUUCGGGGCCUUCAGCCAGCCCCCCAUUCUGCCCCCCACCAGCCCUGCUGCGGCUUUCGGGGUUCCACCUUGCACCAACCCCUUUGCUACCCCAGCGGUCACCCAGCCCGCACUUCCGUCCACCAACCCCUUCCAGACCAACGGCCUGGCCCCAGGCACCUUCCUGGUUGGGUCUCCCGGCAGCUUCUCGGCCUCCCCGCUCUCCGGCGCUUUUGCCUCCCCGCUGCAGCAGGAGCCGCUGUUCUUCCCCACACAAGGAGUUGUGGGUCAACAGCACAACGGCGGGUCAUCCUUCGGUGGAUUUCCUGCAGCCAGAGACGGACCAAGGCCGCUUGGGCCCCCCACCGGCUAUUCCACCAAUCCUUUCAUGAACCCGAUGGCCGCCGCACCUUCGCCCCCCUUCGCCCUAGCAAAGCACCCUCCCACCAACCCUUUCUCCUAGCGCCGGCAUCCGGAGUCGGCGGAGACCCUUGACCUGCCCCAAGGGUGCACAACAGGGCCUCCGUCCCCAGGAACGGGGCCCCCGCCUUGGAAGAGACCGAAGGGACGUGCGGCGGGUCUUGUGGGCAGGUGGGGUGGCAGCAGAGGUUGAAGAAACCCUGUGGAGCAUCGGAGGGGUUCCCACUGCGGGGAGUGGGGAGGCCAGAGUCCGAUGCAGCCCCCCCAACCGCAGAGCCUGCUGAGAGGCCCUGGAAGCCAGUCUGCUCCAGCUCGGACCCCUUCGCCUCGCCUGUGCUUCCUCUUCCCCUGCCCCCAGUCUCCCAGCAUCACUUGCUGUUACUGCCCCUAGGCCACCAAGGGACGGGCAGUGCCCAGCCUGGUCUUGGUGUGUUCUGGUGCCACUUUUCCAUCGCCCCCCUUAGGUCCACCGGGCAGCGUCUGGCCACGAGGAGGUUAGCCGGGAGACAGUGCUAGAGACCCCUCGGCUGCCCGUCCCCUCGUUGCUCUCACAACUUCAUUGCACUAAAUGGGGGAGCAGGGGGGCCAGGGACAUGUCACCUAGUGAGUCUUGGUGGGAGGUGGCAUGUGCCCCAUCCGCUAGGACACCCUGCAGAAGCCAUAAAGAGAAGGAACCAGGAGUUGCACCCCCCCAACACCGUAGCACCGCGGGCUGCCCUCCCUCCCCAGUCUCCUCUUCGAAGGCAACACCAGGGGAGGGUCUCCUGGCCCACCUGGCUGAGCUGGUUGUGCACAAGAUGGUUUGGAGCCUUUUCUGUGCGUUGAGGUCCAAAUUUGGGAGCGUCCUCCUGCGUGGACGCACUCAUCUGCCGCCUGCUCCUGGCCAGAAGCCGUGGGGAACGGACCUGGGCUUCCUGUGGGGGGACCUCCCUCCCGGGAUCUGUUCCGAGGUGCCACUCCCCCCCCCCAUUUCCCUGUCCCCCACCAGACAAGAGCCAGGGCCGAGCUGCCCUCCAAAGUCUUCCACCCUGACCCCCUUGUCAAUCAGUGCCUGCUGAGUUAAGUGUUCAGAAACGACAUUUUGUGCUGCCCAGCUUUCAAAAGCGAGCCCCGUCACGUUUGUUCUUCGGGGCUUUCAGAAAAUCCGACUGGGCUGAAUUAACCUCUGCUUGACUGAGAGCAGAAACUCAGAACUGGAAGCAAAGGUGCUUGCUUAGCCUUAGGAACUGGGCGACCGAGCAGAAGCACCGCCGCUUUGGUAAACAGACGGUCCCGGUUUUGUGUCUCUAGUUGUGUGGUCGCUCUGGGCCUUGCAUGUCCUCGUUCGUUUGCAGCGUUCCAUCUUGGGGCUCUUUGGGAGGAACACUCUCCACCCGUCCGGGUUCCCCACGCUAGUUUUCGUAACCCUGAUCCUUUCCCCUGCUCCCUUGAAGAAGACUGGAGUUUAUAUUUUCAAGAAAAAUAUGGAUUACAUUUUUAAAGCUAUAUCUAUAUGCUCACAAAAUAUAUAACACACAAUGUGUUGCACUCAAAA